AGGAAAAAGAAAAAAAUAAUUGACAACACUAAAGCUUUAAUUAACCAAUUUUAGCAUUACAUAUUCAUACAGUCUAAUCAAUUUGGCUUAAAUUAGUUAAGAUUAAAGAGUAUAUUUUAUCAUACUGAAGUUAUAUCAUUGUUACACGAUUUAAUUUUGAUUUAUUAUCUUGCAUAGUUACCGUGAAUCAAACUCAGAGCAGACGCUAUUAUUUAUUAAUAAUAAAGAUAGCUAAUUUACAACACCCAACACCCAACCCCCAACCCAACCCGUACAUCUAUACAUAUCAUCUAUACAUAUAUAACCAUCGAUAUCAUGUCUGAACCUAAAGUUAUUAUGGUUUCUUCUGAUGAAGAAAGAUUCAAGGUGGAUCAAGUUGUAGCUGAAAAAUCAGUUACGAUUAAAAAUAUGAUUAGAGAUUUAAAUCCUGAUGGAUUAACGGAAGAUUUCGAAGUUCCAGUAUCAACGAUUAGAGCUAAUGUUUUAUCUAAAGUCUUAGAAUGGUGUGAACAUCAUAAAACCACUGUAUUUCCAGAUGAAGAUGAUGAAGAUGCUAAAAAGACAGCUCCAAUUGAAGAAUGGGAUAGAACCUUUUUUAGAGUUGAUCAAGAAAUGUUAUAUGAAAUCAUUCUUGCAGCUAAUUUCUUGAAUAUUACUCCAUUAAGAGAUUCAGGUUGUAAAAUUGUUGCUGAAAUGAUUAGAGGUAAAUCACCUGAAGAAUUAAGAAAAGUAUUUAAUAUUACUAAUGAUUUCACAGCUGAAGAAGAAGCAGCUAUUAGAAGAGAAAAUGAAUGGGCUGAAGAUCGUUAAGAAUGAUGUUAGUGGUGUCUUAUAAGUAAAUAUAACUUGUAUUUAUGUAUAUACCUAAUAUAUUAUGAAUUAUUUUUGGUUUCUAGAUUAUGUUAAUUACUAUGCUUAUAUUCAUAGUGUUGCCACAUUGGAAAGUAUAACUGUGUUCUUUUGUUUUGUAUUACAUAUAGCAUACAACAAUCACAGUUACAUAUUACGCUAAUAUUAACUUCCAAUCACUUGAUAUACUUAAUCAUUCAUCAUUUCCUACUUUGACUCUAUAUAGCUAUCAACAUUCAUCCAUUACCACCACAGUGCCAUAUAACGACUUUGAUAUUUUUGAACCCUUUUACACGACCCAAUCCAAUUUCUUUACAGUUUUUUUUUUUAUCGCAAAAGUGUUCCAAAAGUUCCAAAUUAAGUUAUAACCU